AUGAGUUUAAUUAUUUAUAAUAAUGAGGAAUAUAUUUAGUUAUUUUUAUGGAACGCCAGUAUUCUUUAUUUUAAUGCAUAGGCUAAUAAACCAGGGACUGAAUUGAAGAUGGACCAAACAUACGAAACAUUUAAUUUUGAAUUUACCUCAAAUGAGCAUGUUCCAAUUUAUGAAAAAUGGACGAAAGGAGAAGAACAAGAAUAUAUAGACAUCAAAUUGCAAGCAAUAGAAAACAUUUAUUUAGAUAACUAUGACUAAUAGCUAAAACAACCAGAAGAAAUUAAUCUAAUAAAUUAUAUAGUUUAAGAGAAUGAUACUCUAUUCGGACUGGAACUCAAAUUUAAUAUUAACUAAAACAGAAUAUUGUAGUUAAAUGACAUAUCUCCAGAGUGUUUUGUACCUGGGAUGAGAAUUAAACUCCCCAAUCCACAGGAAUAAGAAAUCUAGUAAGAUUAAACAGAAAAUGAUCUUAAUACUCUUAAUCAGAACCAAUCCUCAUAUUUUGGGAGAAACUUGAUGGAUGAAAUAAUGUCUAAGGGAUAAACAAAGAAAUUUAAUGUGUUUUAUUUGACCCAUUAUGGAUGCAUAGAAGGAAUAUUAACAAUAAAUAAUGAUGUUAUUCUCUUUGAUCCUAGUUUCAUCGAUCAAAAUAAAGAAAUUGUUAAAAGAAGUCAAAAAUAAAGCAUACUUAAUUUUUAAGCUUGUAUGAUGACAAAAGAUGUGCGAUCUGUAGAUUUAAAUGAGUUGCCAAUGAGGAUUGCAAAAAGUUCGAAUAAGUGUUUUAAGGAUUAUGUCAUCCUCAUUCAUGUAAAUUCUAAUGUGACGACUAAAAAGUUGGUUGAGAUUAUUCCUAUUUUGAGUUUCAGAAUAUAAAAUGAUUAAAAUCAAAAGGAACAUAUCCAAUUGAGUGUUGAUUUAUAUGAAACUCUAAAACAAGUAGUGAGAACCAAAUCUUAAAAAAUGUUAGAAGACUUAUAAUAAUCAAAAGAACAAAAUCUAACUAUCAUCCCCUUUUAUGAUAUUCAAGACUCUUUAUUAACUGAAAAACUAUUGAAAAGGACAAAUAAUUUAUGGGGAGCAUAGGAUUAUUUGCCACAGAUGAUGUAAUAAUCAUAAAUUUGUGAUAAUGAUGAGUUAAUAUAAAUUAUAGCUCAUGUUCCAUCAAUCUACAAAACUUCAAAUUGGAAAUUGAUUUUCUCUAAUGUUAUUAAUGGUUCAUCUUUUCACACAUUACUUCAUAAAUGUGAAAACAGUUCACCAUUAAUAUUGGUAAUCAAAGAUGUGCAUGAAUGCAAAUUUGGAGCCUAUUUAAAUGAAUCUCUAAAAUUAACAUUUGGGAAGUUCUUUGGCAAUGGUGAAACAUUUUUAUGGACUUUAAAAGAAAACGAAUUUAAAGCAUACAGAUGGGCAGAAAUAAACAACUAUUUUAUAUUUUGUGAAUCAGAUGGAUUUGCUAUCGGAUGUGGAGAUUAAUUUGGUCUCUACAUUAAUCAAUCCUUAACAGCAGGGAAUACAAACAAAUGCGAGACUUAUAAAAAUGAAAUAUUAACACUCACUAAUGAUUUUAGUAUUAAAAUACUUGAAAUAUGGAGUUUAAGUGAAUGA